UGCUGCUUGACUCUGGUCACACUGCCAGAACAGGGGCACUCUACUCAUCAGCUGCAUCUUUCGGCAACAUUCGAAUUAUAAACAAUUUUCGUGGAAACAAGAACUUUACCUUGAGUUUGGCUAUUUGACACUCCAGUUAUGGGCAUUCCCAAGAACGAAUGGCUCUACUGGUGCCGGCUGUGCGCCCGCGACGAUGGCCGCAUUAAGGUGCGGGACCAGGACAUGGUUUCCAUUAUAAGCAAGUGUUUUGAUGUGGAGAUGACCUUUGAGGAGCCAGAACUGGGCAGUAUGCUGUGCGAGGAGUGCUUCUCGGUUAUUAAACAGCUUGUCACCUUUUCGGACAGCGUCAACAAGGUACAGGCCAUCUUUGAGCUGCUGCGCCACUCGGAGCCAGAUGAUAAUGUGGAUGUCGAAGCUCUGCGCCAAGAAUACGGGCUAUCGUCUACAUCCAGCAAACCCGAUCGGGAUCAGGAAUACCAAGAUGACUUCAGCUCGGAUGACGACGAGCGGAUAUCCCCGGACAUAAAGAUUGAGCUCAGCUGGACCGAACCAGAAGCGGAAGAAGAACAGUAUGAUGAUAUGGAUGAGAAGGUCGUGCAUUCGCCUCAACCUGUAAAACGGAAACGUGGCCGGCCAAAGGGUGUUGGAAACCCACGCCGAAAGGUGGCCAAGAGGAAAGAUACAGCGACCUUGGAACAAUCUGAUUUGGAAGCCACAGCAAUGCCAUCUUCACCAACAGGCGGCCCCUAUAUUAGCAACAGAUAUGCCUGCGAGCAGUGCAACGAAUCCUUCAUUUCCAACGUGGCCCUGCGAACGCACAAGCACGAGAUGCACGGCGCUCCCAAGCGAUUCGUUUGCGACUGCUGUGGCAAAGGACUGAAGACCUCCACCUUGCUGGCGGAACACAAGCUGGUGCACACGGAUGCCAAGCCCUGCAAAUGUACGGUAUGCGAUGCUGCAUUCAAGAACAAGGCCAGACUUCGGGUGCACCUUGAGACGCAUGGAGAGCCCAGAUUUAAAUGCAAAAUUUGCGGUAAGAUGCUGCAGACCCGUGCCAUUCUCAACAAACACAAGUACGUGCAUAUGGAUGAGCGAAGGUUCACGUGCGAAAUUUGCGGUUCGGGCUGCAAGAAUUCCACAGCCCUGAAGCUACAUCUGCUCAGCCACACGGGUCUACGGCCGUAUGUCUGCAAAUACUGCGGCAAGGGAUUCACUAACAACCUCAACUGUCGCUCACAUAAGUUGAAAAAGCAUCCAGACGAGGCGUAUAUGGAGGAUGAAAGCGAAUCAUCGCGCGUACCUGUGCCUACGCUGGAGGAACUGCGGGCCAUAACUCGUGAAAUGGCAAAAUCCAGCAAAGAGGAAGGUUAGUAGGCUCCAUGUACCCUAAUUCUAAACUUUUAUUUUAUAUUUCUGAAAGGUCUAUAAUUUCUACA